GGAUUCUCACCACACUCCCCAGAGACUCGCCUGCCCAGGGCCCCUCUCUAACCCCACAUAGCUCAGGUCUCUGAACCAGAGACAGCAUUACCGACCCCUCCUACUAUCUAUUUCCAGAUUAGAGGCUCUGAUCCCAGAGGGAUUGUCUACAAUAACUAGCUCUUACAACUACGUCCACUUCAGGAACCGCCCUGUGAUGUCAGAACUUUGAGGCCGCCCGGCCAGGGCUGCACAUGCUCAGUGAGGCCGGCGCCCGCCAGUAAUAAACAUGGCUUCCUAAAGCCGCUCGGGCUCAAGAGCAACAUGGAGGCCUGCACUUAAUCGCUCCCCUCCGGGGGCGGCCAUACUGAGGGGGCAUCUCUUCCGUGCAGGCAGGCAGGCUGUCCUGGGGACCUCAGAGAUUCUCUCCAGCGGCAGCGGAAAAUGGGCAACGGGUGGAUUCGGCUCCAGAUUCCGGCAGGAGGGAGUUUGGGAUCGAGAUCUGGAAAAAAGCAUUAGACUGGAAGAGGACACGAUGGAGUCGGAGCCGCUGGCGGAGACAAAAACCUGGGGCUGGGGAAGGAGCCGGUGGGAGGCAAGACGCCGACGGACUUUACCCGCGCACGCGUCGCAGCCGUCUCCGCGCACAGUGGUGGCCAUCGCGGCUGGUGCCCAAGUGUCGGCGUGUGCCGGGCGCUCCGCUGGGACUGGGGUCGCUCGCCCUGAGUCUCCGCUUCCCCAGCUGUACGGUUGGGACAAGAACAGUAACCCUCGCCAGUCAAGACAGGCCGGGGCUGUCGCGAGGGUCCACGCCUUAGAGCAGUCCCCUAUCGUGUUCAGGGCCCCGAGAUGGGGUCUGACUCAGUUCCUGCGGGGAGAUUCUCCAGUAACCCAGUGAGUGCCCUUCAGUUAAAGACCACCAGGAGCACACUUGUAAAAAAUAUAAUUACAUUGCAGCAAGGAAUGGGGUACUGUGGGUCUUCUCAGUGGGAGGAGUUAGGAACUAUUGAACGAUUUGGGCUUUAAUUGGUUGAUUUCCGAUAGGGUCUCAGAAAGUGAAGAUUUUAGAUUGGAUGCUGUCAGAAGUGGCAUCAAGACCUUGUUUUUUAUCUGCAUUUAGACAACAGUAUAAAGUGCCCUUGUUUUUGUUUGCACUUAUCACGGUCUCCGAUUAACCUUCUGAAGUUGAUAUUAUUCUGUGAGAUUGUUUAUAUCCAAGAGGAAAACAAAAUGACCUGGCCAUGAGCAUCAGACCGGCGUGUAAUAACAUUAAGGCCUAACUGUGACCCAAAUAUUGACAGAAUUGAAGUUAAAAAUAGUUCUACAGCAAUAGAGUCUUCAAUACUCCAUUUAAAAUAAUGCAUAGAAGCUGGACAUGGUGACUCAUGCCUUUAAUCUCAGCCACCUGGGAGGCUGCGGCAGGCGGAUUGCUUGAAGCCAGGAGUUCGAGACCAGCCUGGGCCUUUUGGCCUGUCUCGGCUUUUAACGUGCCUUCCUCACUCAGCUUAAUCAUUUCUCACUUUUGAUUUUUAGUAAGAGAUCUGUGACUCUUACUUUCACUUGAACACAUAGAGGCCUUUGUAGAGUUAUUAAUUGGCAUAAUUUCAACAUUGCUGUGUCUCAGAAAACAGGGAGACCUGAGGAGAGGGGGAGAUGGAGGAAGGGCAGAACGACAGACCCAUUGGAACACACAUAUGUAUCAAUUAAGCUCAUUGUCUUUUGGGGAGCAUGGUUUGUGAUGCCCCAAAACAAUGACAAUGAUAAUACAACAAUCACUGAUCACAGAUCACCAUAACAGAUAUAAUAAUAACAAAACAUUUCAAAUAUUGCAAGAAUUACAAAAAUGUAACAGAGAUACAAAAUAAGCACAUGCUAGCAGAAAAGUGGCACUGGUAGACUUGCUUGAUGCAGGGUUGUCACAAACCUUCAAUCUGUAAAAAAUGCAAUAUCUGAGAAGCAUAAUAAAGUGAAGUGCAAUAAAACAAGGUAAGCUUGUAUAUGUAUGCAUGCACACACCAGUACACAUCCACCUAUCCACACACAAAUCUUUGUACAAACAAAUCCUGUAUUUUCAAAUCCAAGAAUACAUUAUUUGCACCUUAAAAACAUCUGUCAUCCUUGUAGUGUCCUUUUCUGUCUUUGUUAGGGUA